UAGAAUAGAAUUUGUUGGCACUUGUCUGAUUUUGAAAAUCAGUGGUUAUUUGGGCGGUCCGUUUCACUUUUCAAAAUCUAAAAUCUCCACUUCCGUUCAAACCCUAAGGGAUCAAAAUUAUGAAGACGGCGAAGCCAUUGAAGCAACUUAAGCUCUCUGUACCAGCUCAAGAUACUCCCAUUUCCAGCUUCUUGACUGCGAGUGGAACGUUUCAUGAUGGCGAUCUACUUUUGAACCAGAAAGGACUCAGACUGAUUUCUGAAGAGAAUGAAUCUCUGCCCUCAGAAACUAAGGAGAUAGAUCUUCAGUUUUCAUUGGAAGAUCUUGAAACCAUCAAAGUCAUUGGAAAAGGAAGUGGGGGUGUUGUUCAACUUGUUCGUCAUAAAUGGGUUGGAACAUUGUUUGCUUUGAAGGUUAUCCAGAUGAAUAUACAAGAAGAUAUUCGUAAGCAGAUAGUGCAAGAACUGAAAAUAAAUCAAGCAUCACAAUGUCCACAUGUUGUUGUAUGCUACCACUCUUUCUAUCACAAUGGAGCUAUAUCUCUGGUUUUGGAGUAUAUGGACCGUGGAUCUUUAGUUGAUGUAAUUGGGCAACUUAAGACUAUUCUUGAACCAUACCUCGCCGUUGUUUGCAAGCAGGUUUUACAAGGUCUUGUCUACUUGCAUCACGAGAGACAUGUUAUCCACAGAGACAUAAAACCAUCAAACUUGCUAGUGAACCACAAAGGAGAGGUAAAAAUAACAGAUUUUGGUGUAAGUGCAAUGCUAGCCAGCUCUAUGGGUCAAAGGGAUACAUUUGUUGGGACCUACAAUUAUAUGGCACCUGAAAGAAUAAGUGGAAGCACCUAUGACUACAAGAGUGAUAUCUGGAGCUUGGGCAUGGUCAUCCUUGAAUGUGCUAUUGGACGGUUCCCAUACAUACAGUCAGAGGACCAGCAAGCUCGGCCGAGCUUUUACGAGCUUUUGGAGGCUAUUGUUAGCAGUCCACCACCUUCUCCUCCAGCAGAUCAAUUUUCCCCAGAAUUCUGUUCGUUUGUUUCUGCUUGCAUUCAAAAAGAUCCCAGGGAUAGAUCUUCAGCUUUGGACCUUUUGAGUCACCCUUUCGUUAAGAAGUUUGAAGACAAAGACAUUGAUCUGAGCAUACUUGUCAGUAGCCUGGAACCUCCAGUAAAUUUUCUAAGAUAAGUUGGCAUAUAUAUUAGUACUACUACUACAUUGUAGACCUGUAAGGUCUAGCAGUUUCUGUAUGUAAACAUCACAUGAGAUGAAUGAAUUAUUUUGCAGCAUUUUAUCUAA